UCUAUCUAUCUCUUCUCUCUCUAGAGGAAACGGAGAGGAAGAGAGGAGUCGGCUGUUUUGUGUGUGCCAUUAGAUGCAGGGAGCAUGGAGCCAAACAGAAAGUCUGUUUCGCCAUUAAUGGCUCUCUCACCUUUCUGGAACCCAUAGCCAUGCAGCAAGCCCCGGCCUCUCUGCCUGCCAUGAUCAGCAAAGAACCAUAUUAGAGAGAGGAAAUUAAUCAACGAAGUGGCAGCCCAGAUCAUAUCAACAGCAGCACAAAACCAUCAUCAAGAGGUGGUUUGCUAGCAGUGCUAGCGUCCAAGCUGCCAUCACGAGCUAGAGUCCUAAGAGACAGCAGCGAAGGUCAUCCAUGGGGGGUAGUUGAUGCCUGCCUUGAUGGUGUGGAAGAGAAACUGAAGAAAGAGAGAGAGAGGCUGAGAGAGGUGGCGCCUUGGCUGCUAGCCUCCUAGAGUCAAAGCGUAUUUAGGUCUUGCAGCUAUGGCUAUAGAUAGAUAGAGAGAUAGACACACACAUACGUAUAUAGCUAGCUACCUUGCCUUGCCCCUGUGUAUCUGUCGGUGUGUUCUUCUUCUUCCUCCUCCUCUCGAUCUAUCUCCUCCGGUGAAGCUCUGAAGAGAGCUGGUUUUUUCGCCGGUGGUGAUGAUGAGCGGAAGCGAGAGCCGGCAGGAGAGGCAGCAUCAGCACCAGCAUCAGCAUCAGCAUCAUCAGGAGAUGAACAUCUCCUUUGGGAUGAUGAACCACCACUACGGCGCUCAGCACCACCAUCAUCCACCUCCUUCGUCGUCCUCCUCUUCCUCCAUGCAUGCGGCUGCUGCAAGCUUCAUGAGCACCAAGGAGGCAUCUGCAGGAGCCUAUGACCAUCUAGGCGAGCUGGACCAGGCCUUGUUCAUGUACCUGGAUCAUGGCAACCAUGCGCCGUCGACCCACCAAGAACAAAGGCAGACCCUCAACAUCUUCCCUUCCCAGCCUAUGCACGUCGAGCCCUCACCCAAGGGAGAGAUUAGUUUAGUGCUGUCCCCAGCACCCGUGGGAUCCAAGAUACCGAGGUCACCUGACGAUCACCACCACCAUCACCAGCAACAGGCCGCCAUGGAGGAGUUAGCGACAGGGAGCAGGAGACAGGAUCACCACCUGCAGCACCAACCCUUCGGUGCCGAGCCUGCAGGGAUCAACAGGGAUGUGAAACCGGUGGCAGCCAAGAAGGAUCACAGGAGGGGUGCAUCUACUGGUGAACGCGACCCAAAAACGCUGAGAAGGCUCGCCCAGAACAGGGAGGCAGCAAGGAAAAGCAGGCUAAGGAAGAAGGCUUACAUCCAGCAGCUGGAGUCCAGCAGGAUCAGGCUCGCUCAGCUCGAACAAGAACUGCACACAGCGAGAGCUCAGGGCGUGUUCUUCCCUGGCAGCAGUGGCCUCCUUGCCGAGCCAGGCGUCGCCGGCAAGGGCGUCCCCCUCGGCGGCAUCGACGGCGCCCUCAGCUCAGAGGCGGCGAUGUUCGACGUGGAGUACGGGCGGUGGCAGGAGGAGCACUACAGGCUGAUGUACGAGCUGCGGGCGGCGCUGCAGCAGCACCUGCCGGAGGGGGAGCUGCAGAUGUACGUGGAGAGCUGCCUGGCGCACCACGACGAGGUGGCCGCCAUCAAGGACGGCGUCAUCAAGGGCGACGUCUUCCACCUCAUCUCCGGCGUCUGGAGGAGCCCCGCCGAGCGCUGCUUCCUCUGGCUCGGCGGCUUCCGCCCCUCCGAGGUCAUCAAGAUGCUGCUGGCGCACGUGGAGCCGCUGACGGAGCAGCAGAUCGUCGGGGUGUACGGGCUGCAGCAGUCGGCGCUGGAGACGGAGGAGGCGCUGACGCAGGGCCUCGACGCGCUCUACCAGUCGCUCUCCGACACCGUCGUCUCCGACGCCCUCAGCUGCCCCGCCAACGUCGCCAACUACAUGGGCCAGAUGGCCGUCGCCAUGAACAAGCUCUCCACCCUCGAGGGCUUCGUCCGCCAGGCUGAGAACCUGAGGCAGCAGACGCUGCACCGACUGCAGCAGGUGCUGACGACGAGGCAGAUGGCGCGGUCGCUGCUCGCCGUCUCCGACUACUUCCACCGCCUCCGCACUCUCAGCUCCCUCUGGGUCACCCGCCCCAGGCAGCCGCCGCAGGACCAGCAGCAGAGCGGCGGCCCCCACACCUGAUCGCCGCAGCCGCCGGCGCCGGGAGAGACGACGAUGAUCGAAAUGAAAUGAUGACACCGUUUAGCUAGCUUAGCGUGCUGCAUGCAGCUGGUAGCAGAUCGAGAGAUCAGCGAAAGCGAUCGAUCGAUCGAUCGAGAGAGAGAGAGAGACCCAUGGAUCGAUGAUGAUGAUGAUGAAUCAGUCGGUGUACUGUGUUUGGCAUGCGUUAACCUUGGUGUGUACUUAGGCGUGCUGGUUGAUGGCUCUUACCUCUGGUUCUUCUUCAAGUGUUAAUGCAGCUCGAUUAAACUUUUGCUGAUGAUCGGUCUCAUCUGUCGUCGCUAAUCCGUUAAGAUGUCUGCAGGGAAACUCGCAUUUGCAAGGUGAGGUUUUUGCAGGGUUUUCGUUUGAAACCUUCAGA